AUGGCGUUCGAUGCUCGGUUUGCCGUUGCUAGCACGGACGCUUUCGACUUCACACCUGCUUUCGAAGACGCCAUUCUCAGCAUUGUCCCCUCGUGCCUCUUUUUGGUGGUAGCUCUUCAGCGUCUCUUUUGGCUAGCAAGACAGCCUCGCAAGGUCGCUAAAAGCCUGCGGUCCUUUGGAAAAGGACUGAUCGGUAUAUACACAGCUCUCCAACUCGCAGUGUUGGUUUACUGGGCUCUGAAUACAGAAAAACGAUCUUUAUCUCACUUGCGAACGUCGGCUGCCGUGCUCGCGUUUGUCGAUGGAGUUGUGCUCUUAUUCUUGUCCCAUGCCGAGCACGCGCGCUCGGUGCGACCAUCGACCAUUAUCAAUGUGUAUCUUCUCUUCACUCUGCUGUUCGACUGCGUCGUCGUCAGAACUCUGUGGCUUGCUGGCCAUGACUCCGCUAUCUCGGGCCUCUUGACCUCAACGGUCGCGAUAAAGGUCUUCAUCUUGACUUCGGAAGCCUGGGAAAAGAGAUCUAUACUGCUUUCACAAUAUCAGAAUCUCUCACCAGAAGCAACUAGCGGCAUUCUCGCCCGAGGUGUCUUCUGGUGGCUGAAUUCAUUGAUGCGAACCGGGUUCAUUCGCUCCCUCACUUAUCAUGAUCUACUCCCCAUCUACGACACCCUCGCAGCACGAACCCUACUCCCACGAGUACGAAACGCAUUCGGCUCAUCAAACCAGUCCCACCGCCAUGCCUUGGCCUACUCCACGCUAUGGGCCACCAAGUACAUCUUCUUGGCUGGCGUUGCCCCUCGGCUUACAUUGGCAGCAUUCAAAUACACGUUGCCUUUCCUAAUUCACAGAACCACUUCUUGGCCGGCCGAUACAUCAGAAUCAGAUGCAGUUGGGUGGGGUCUAACCGGCGCAUGGCUGUUGGUCUUCCUCGGACGAGCGAUCUCAAAUGGCUUCUACUACCAGAUGACCUAUCGAUUCGUCACAUCCAUCCGCGGCAGUCUCUGCGGUUUACUGUACACCAAGACGUUGGAUCUCAGUAGCUCAGCUCUCGACGAGUCCGUAGCAGUAUCGCUAAUGUCCACGGACACCGAUAGUAUCUGCCAAAGCGCCGCGACCUUGCACGAGCUUUGGGCCUCGCCAAUUGAGUCUGCAGUCGCCAUUUUUCUCCUUUACAGACAGCUUGGUCUUGCUGCUCUGGCUCCAAUUGUUGUAGCAAUUCUUGCAACUGGAACCAUCUUUCAGCUUGCCCGGUUCAUUGGCAUAGCUAAGAAAAGGUGGAUGAGGGGCAUCCAAACGCGGGUUGAUGUCACGGCUUCCGCCCUCGCGUCCAUGAAGGAAGUGAAAAUGCUUGGUUUGUCAGAUAUCAUCUCAAGUAUGAUCCAAAAGCUCCGCGUAAGAGAGCUCGAUCUGUCAAAGCAAUAUCGCAGACUAUCUUUCAUACAAAUCUCUAUCGGUAAGUACAUGCAUGGGCUACGAUUUAUCCUCAUACUGUACAUUUUGACAUUUAAUCCCGUCGCUGCUGCUAACUCCUUUGGCCGAGCAGGUCUCAACACGGAAGCUGUUGCCCCUCUGGCAACCUUUGCAACUUUUGUGAUUAUUUCGAAGAGUAGUGGUCAGCCUCUGGAUACAGCAUCUGCCUAUACCUCGCUUUCUCUGAUAUACCUCUUGACCGACCCACUUGCUGUCGUUUUUCGCACCAUCCCAUCUGUCAGUGCCGCCCUUGCAUGCUUCUCCCGCAUCCAAAAUUACCUGUUGUCAGAAAGCUGCACCGAUUACAGACUGCCCUUGGGCGAUUUGGAAAAUCUUCCGAGUCAAAACAACGAGAAAGGCGAAACACUUGUGGCUAUAUCAGAAGCUAGCUUUGGCUGGGCUGCUGAUAAGCCGAGCAUUCUCAGCGAUAUUACACUUAAUAUCGACGGAUCUUGCUUUACCUUCAUCGUCGGACCCGUGGGCUCGGGCAAGAGCGCCCUCAUGCGAGCCAUUAUGGGCGAAGUGCCACUCCGAACGGGCUCCAUUCAUGCCAAUCUCGGCCACGUCGCGUUUUGUGGCCAAGAGCCCUGGAUCCAAAAUCUGACGAUGCGGCAAAAUAUCUUAGGUGGUGCCAACUAUGACGCAGAUUGGUACGAAAAGGUUGUCUUUGUCUGUGGUCUGGAGCAGGACAUUGGGGAUCUUCCCGGGGGCGAUGCAACGAGGGCUGGUAGUGCGGGCUUUUCGUUAAGUGGUGGCCAAAAGCAGCGGCUUGCCUUGGCCCGAGCUGUCUAUUCCCGGGAAAAGACAGUCUUCUUGGACGAUGUCUUUGCAGGCCAAGAUGCUGCCACCGAAGAACACAUUUUUCUGAAUCUUUUUGCUGAAUCGGGUCUUUUCCGGCAGAUGGGUACAACCGUGGUUUGCGUCACGAAUGCCAUCCAUAGGCUCGCCUAUGCUGAUCAUGUAGUCGCGUUGGGUACUGGUGGUCACAUUGUACACCAAGGCUCUUUCGCUCAACUGCAAUCCGAUACGGAUUAUUUACACGGCCUGGCAGUCGAACAGAACGGCGCCAUUGAGGCACGAGAUGCAACGAAUGAAUUGUUGCAGCGUCCGCGCCAGGCUGCACUCAACGGUCGAUCCAACGAAGCUGCAAACCAGAACAGCAGUGAUUCUGAGUCGCCUGGGCGAGUCCUCGGCGAGCUUGCCACAUACGCAUAUUACUUCAGUUCUGUCCCUGUAUGGCAAACCUUACUUUUCCUUACUCUCACGGUUCUUUAUGCUGGAGGCUUUCAGAUGACAUCCCUCGUACUGAGCUUCUGGACAGACGCUGCAGAGCAAUCCGGUCAAGACGGCCAUGACUACUACCUAGGGCUCUACGGGCUUCUCACUGGUCUCGCCGUGCUUGGCAUCACAGGGGCUGUUUACUUUUAUCUCAUUGUCAUGGUGGCUUUGAGCUCUGAGGUUCUACAUUCCCGGCUUCUCAACUCUGUGAUGAUGGCUCCAGUGGCCUUCUUUUCGCGCACUGACGUCGGUGUCACUACGAAUCGCUUCAGUCAGGACAUGUCUGUUAUCGAUACCGAGCUACCGUUCGCGCUUGCUGAUUUCUGUAUCGACCUUGCGUUGAUCAUCAUGUCUAUUGUCUUGAUGUGCGUCUUUUCCGGGUAUUUCGCAGUUGCACUCGUGCCCUUCGUCGCUUUCUGCUGGUUUUUGCAAAAGUUCUAUGUACGAACGUCUCAGCAGAUCCGACUAUUUGACCUCGAAGCCAAGUCCCCACUCUUCACACAGUUCCUCGAUCUCCUCCAGGGCCUGUCUACAGUGCGAGCAUUCGCAUGGGGGCCUCGCUUUAUCGAAAAAUAUUUGGACCUUCUCGAUGCCUCUCAAAGACCCUUUUACCUGCUAUUCUGCAUCCAGCGCUGGCUGGGUUUGGUUCUUGACCUGAUGACCGCCGUCCUGGUGACCAUCAUGAUGGUCUUGGUCGUGAAGCUACGGGAGCAGCUGGCCCCACAGUAUGUAGCCCUAGCCUUCGUGCAGAUCAUGUCGUUCGGUCAGUCCCUAGCACACGUCAUUCAAGCCUGGACGCAGCUUGAGACGUCGCUGGGUGCAGUCGCUCGCGUCAAGACUUUCUGUGCCGACACUGAGUCAGAGAAUCGACCUCUCGAAACUGGUUCUGUGCCCGAGAACUGGCCGAUGCAUGGAAAAAUUACCAUACAGGACCUGGUGGCCUCUUACGAUUCCAAAGUCGGUGCCGAGCCCGUUUUUCGCGGCCUAAACCUUGACAUUCCCGCUGGUUCCAAAGUCUGCAUUUGUGGCCGCAGCGGGAGUGGCAAGAGCUCACUGCUUGGCUGUAUCCUGCGCCUCCUCGAAGUCGGACCCGGCUCUCGUAUCAUGAUUGAUGACAUCGAUAUAACAACGCUGCCCCGGCAGACCGUGCGCGCUGCAGUGGCCGUUGUACCGCAGCAUCCUUUCUUCCUGAAGAAUACAAGCCUCCGCGAUAAUCUUGUCGCUCUUCGUCGACAGAGAUCUGAGCACCAGAAGCAGCAAACCGAAAACAAGAUUCACCGAGUCUUGCAACAGCUCAAAAUGGAUGACUUCGUGGAUCGUAUGGGUGGUUUAGACAGUGUACUGGAUGCCGAUCGGCUCUCCCAGGGCCAGCGCCAGCUUCUUUGCAUCGCGCGGGCUAUUCUGGCCGGCAAGCGAAUUAUCCUCAUAGAUGAGGCGAGCAGUAACGUCGACGAGCGGUCCGAGCAGCUCAUUAGGGAUGUCAUGCGCGAGCAUUUCGCCGGCUGUACCGUGAUAACUGUCGCUCAUCGCCUCGGUUCGGUUCUCGACUUUGAUCGUGUUGCUGUUAUGGGCAGCGGUCGAUUGUUGGAAUGGGAUGAUCCGCGUGUUCUCUUGGGGCAGGAUAGCGAGCUGAAGAGGCUUUGGGAUCUCGGGUCGAGUCAGAUGAGUGACUAA